AUGACGCACGCGCUCUUCAUUGACGUGACGCGCACGGAUCGCCUCGUGGGGCCAACCUCGCUCUCCUUCGUCGUCGAGAAGGUGUAUCCCGUGCAACACGGGCUCGCCGAGCGACACUGGCACCACAACGAGCCCUUCUACAGCGCCGCCGACCGCGAGAAGUGUUGCGCGAUCCAGGCGCGCGGUGGGCAGGGCCUCGCGCUCGUCGUAUUCCGUAUCAUACGCCCAGACGGCACAUGUAUGUUCUGGUUCCAGUGCCACAAGAUCGAGGAGCGUGUGCCUGCGGCGCACGACAUGGACUUGGAACAGGUGUCUAAGCUCGUGAAAUCGGCCACGACCUGCGAGUUGCAAGAACAGAUAGCGCGCCAGUUCUUCGCCAGAGGCUCUGCAAAGUCUUCUGCCCUUGAAGAAACCUCAGCCUGAAGAGGUCAAUAUUCUCCGAUGUGCCACCAGACGUGGUCAAAGUCAAAGCGUAAGCGCAAGCGGAUGGGCAAAUGCUGAAAGAGAUCAUCGCGUCCUGGCUGCUUGGUGUGUCCUGGACGCAUGGAAUGUAUGCAUGUGUUCGCGAACUCUGUGGCAGGAAGUGUGUUUAGGGACUUAACUACGCGUACACCUCUGCAACGUUCCAAUGAAGAUUUCAGCAUCGGACGAAGGU